AUGUAUCUAAGAGUUGCAGCAGAGAAACCAGGAUCAGGAAAUGCCAUGCUUCAUGCACAUUCAGAGCUGAGAGAUGGAAUUGAAGAAAAGCUCUGCGAAUAUGGGCAGGAAACUUUGAUCUCUGCAGCCCCCUCUAACAGGUCUUCUAGAGUCCCAGAGGACUGGGACCCUUUCCUGAACUACAGCUUUCCUGGUGAUCCAGGGAGCAAAGGAGACAAAGGCACCCCUGGUGGGAAGGGUCAACCUGGGGACCCUGGAAUCCCAGGUCACAAAGGUCAUACUGGACUGAUGGGCCCUCAAGGACCACCUGGGGAAAAUGGGCCAGUUGGGCCCCCUGGGCCUCCAGGCCAGCCAGGAUUUCCAGGUCUGAGGGGUGAAUCUCCCUCAAUGGACACCCUGCGGAGGCUCAUCCAAGAAGAACUCGGGAAACAGCUAGAAGCCAAACUUUCUUACCUCCUGGCUCAGAUGCCCCCAGCACAAGUGAAAGCAUCUCAUGGCAGACCAGGACCCCCAGGACCUCCGGGAAAAGAUGGAUUCCCAGGCCGGGUUGGGCCUAUGGGAGAGCCAGGACGACCUGGGCAGGGAGGUCGGGAAGGACCUUCUGGGCCAGUGGGUCCCAAAGGUGAACGAGGAACCAAAGGCGAUCCUGGUGCUCCUGGAAUUGGCCUCCGAGGAGAGAUGGGCCCACCUGGAAUCCCAGGUCAACCGGGCGAACCAGGUUAUGCUAAAGAUGGACUCCCUGGGAGUCCUGGUCCUCAAGGAGAGACCGGACAAGCAGGACAUCCUGGCCCUCCAGGCCCUCCGGGACCCCCAGGCCAAUGUGAUCCAUCCCAGUGUGCUUAUUUUGCCAGCCUUGCUGCCCGUCCUGGUAAUGUGAAAGGUGUCUAGAAGAUUCCAUGAAGCCAGGAGACUGUGGUGGAUUUCUGAAACUUGAACAUAA